AUGUGGAAUUUUCCUAAUUGCUUAGGAGCAUUACAUGGCAAGCAUAUCAUUAAAGCAGCUCCAGCCAACAGUGGAUCUCUACAUUUUAACUAUAAAAAAACAUUUUCGAUUGUAUUGUUGGCUUUGGUGGACGCUAAUUGUAAAUUUAUAGCCGUAGACAUUGGAUCCUAUGGUGAUAAUAGGGACGGAGGAAUAUUCGCGAAUUCUGCAUUCGGAAAAGGAUUAGAAAAUGGGACGAUAAAUAUUCCCGAAGACUCUCCACUACCAGGAACAAAAAUAUUACCUCCGUAUGUUAUUUUGGGCGAUGAAGCAUUUCCAUUGAAACAAUAUUUAAUGCGGCCUUAUCCAGGUUUGAAAAAUGCAGAAGACAACGAAAAGAGAAUCUUCAAUUAUCGUUUAUGUCGAGGAAGAAGAUUAGUUGAAUGCGCCUUUGAUAUUUUAUCGCAAACGUUUCGUAUCUACCAGAGAAGAUUGAUACCCAACCCUGAAAAUGCAACUCUGAUUGUCUUGACUACUUGUAUUUUGCAUAAUAUUAUAAGGAACACCAGAACUAUAAAUAAUGAAAAUGUUUCAACCUGUACCAAUACUAAUUGUGUACAAAACUUGAGAAGACAAGGCGGAAAUUCACAGACUGAAGCAUUUGAAACUAGAGAAAUUAAAAAAAAAAAAAUUCAAUUCUCCGAUAGGUGCAGUGCCAUGGCAAGCAGCGCGAGUUAA